AUGUUGAUCAAAGUCCGUACCCUCACCGGCAAGGAGAUCGAACUGGACAUCGAGCCUGAUUACAAGCACAUACUGAGACUUGCACCAGGUGUCCCGGAUAAAGGAGCGCGUCGAAGAGAAGGAGGGUAUCCCCCCGUUCAACAACGACUGAUUUUCGGCGGAAAGCAAAUGGCCGACGAUAAGACUGCUGCGGAAUAUAACCUAGAAGGCGGCGCGACGCUGCAUCUUGUCCUUGCUCUGCGCGGUGGCUGCAACGCUUAA